AUGAGAUUUAUUCUACUGCUCUUCUUCAUUGGACUAGCAUCCUGUGAAGUGACAUCAGUCACUGUGACAGUCACACCAAAGAUGAUGUUGAUGGGGAAGGUCACUCAACUUCUCACGGGAUUUCUGAACGAAGACCAGCUGUCUAAAGCAAUCGACCUUACUGCCCUUGAGAUUCAUAAUGGCAAAAAGGUUGAGGAAAUAAUGACAGAUCUUCACGAGUACUUUGACGAUGCUCUGGAUGAAGCUCAGAUCAAAGUAAUAAAUGAUGCUUACAGAGGCAUGAUUAAGGAUCUUGGCGAAGAAGCUGCUGGAAAUGUAAUGCAACGCAUCAAAAAAAUUGUGGCCUAUGCCGUAUCACCAACACUGGAAACGGUCAAUCUUCAUGAGUACUUUGAAGAUGCUCUGGAUGAAGCUCAGAUCAAAGUAAUAAAUGAUGCUUACAGAGGCAUGAUUAAGGAUCUUGGCGAAGAAGCUGCUGGAAAUGUAAUGCAACGCAUCAAAAAGAUUGUGGCCUAUGCCGUAUCACCAACACUGGAAACGAUCCGCGCACAAGACGAAACACCGGAUUUAGCGUAUUUGGCCAUGUCACGACAGUUGACGCCAGAUUUUGUAAAAAUUGUGGUUAGUCUGGUCAGGGAUACAUUAACACCAAUGGAAUGGAACAGUUUGAAGAUACAUUUCGGACCUAUAGUAAGAAUACUGUAA